UCCACCAGCUAGCUGGCUAGGUGCACUUACAAAAAUACUGGCGCUUCUCCUUGUCCGACAGCCGUGUGCUGGUUACUCCAAACUAACUUCGUGGCCGAGGCAGAAGAUAGAUGAUCGGAAGUCUGGCAAAUAUCGGUAGUAGGCGGUACAUGUGAAGGACGUCCAGGCCUUGAUGAAUUCACAAGGAGCGUUUCGGACCUCUACCUCUCUCUACACAUCUCUCUACUGCUCAACUGCUUCGACCUGUCAGUUUGGGAGGACACGGGUUCUGCUGACUGAAAAAGUGCUGGCGAGUCUAUCCGACAGUCGGGUGGAAGCUAGCUAGUGCUAGCACGUGGAAUUGAAGGAACGACAGUCCACUAGCCACUAGUGUUGUUUCAAAGAACAGGUGAUAGUGACGACCACUCGAAAUAGUGCCGCGAAUACUCGUUAUCAUCGUCUCAUGCUACCUAGUGCGUAUGGUGCCACAGCCAGGCUGAUGUCGGUAGCAAGCAAGUUGAUCCAGCGUUGACUAUACGUACACUGUCAACACACAUAUGCCCUGGAAUAUUAUACCCAAACUCGGCGCUGGAACAGCGAACUACACAUCAGCCCAACCGAGAUCAGUAGACAUUCUGCCAACCCCAGCACGUCCUACCACGAACCGGGAUCAGCAGCAGCAGCAGCACUAACAGCAACAGCCACGCUCUUUCUUUUUGAUGUAAGCUGUCGUCAUGCCGGCGAAGAAGAAAGGAAAGGGGAAGAAGACUGGCAAGGGGAAGAAAGGUGGCAAAGGAAAAAAGGGCAAGAAGAAGGCGUCCGUAGCCAAAGCCGCCGGGGCAGAUGUGGCAGGGCCCACGAAAGAAGAACUGCUGCAAGCAAGGGUGUUUGAAGGACGUUUGAAGGCCACGGAGGAUGCACGGAAAGAGUUUAGGGUUGUUGCCAGGCAACUGGCAGCAGACAAUGAAGCAAUGCAAGACCAAAUCAUGCAGAGUGAGCAUGACACGCUAGAAGUGGUAUCAUUCUUGAAGCGGGAGAGCCAAAGCAAAGAUGACCAGAUCGUCAAGCUACAGCAGCAGGUGAAGGAUCUCCGGCGAGAAACUCGUAAAGAGCAUGAAGCACUGGUGACGGAGUUCAGUCAGCAGAUCAACAAGUUAGAGGACGAAAUCUGUCAGAAGAAGGAAGAGAUCGAAGUCAUGAACGCUGAGCUAAAGCUUGUGAAAGAGUUCCGCAAGAAGCGAGCCAUCAUGCAGAGGGAGCUGGAUGAGCUGCGGGAAAAGACGGAGGUGACCGAAAUCGAACACCAGCAGCUGGUAUCUCAGAUGGACCGCAAGCACAUCGAGGAGAAAUCUCGUCUACAGAAAGAGGCCGAUCGCAAAGUGACGGAGCUGGCUCAAGAAGCACAUCAGCACGCAAUCAGUAAGCUGGAUGAUGCUGCAAAGGAUGUGUUCCGGGAGAAUGUUCGCUUGAAGGAUGCUCUCAAGUUGCACAUGGACGAAGGCAAGCAGUUGCAGAAGGACAGUGCAAAACUGGAAGAGGAAAACGCACGUCUCAAGCAAGCGGCGGAGACCGACCGGCUUGUUCACGAAGAGAGAGCUGCGCAAGCCAUGGCGAUGAAGAGUCAGAACAAGCAGUUGCAAGACAAGGUGAUCAGCCUGGAGCAAAUGCUCAGCAGACUGGUGCGAGACGUGGAGGCUGAAAAGCAGCAAUUCCGACGGGGUGUGCAACGAGAAGUCAAUGCUAUGAAGGAGGAAAACGUCUCCCUGCGUCAGACUCUGAGUGUCAAGUGCGAAGAAAUGAACAAGAUCAAGUUAGUUGCAAAGCAAUUGCUUGAUCAGAGAGCGUCGGUGGAGGAUUUCUUCCUCAGCGCACUGACGCAGGUCAGGCAGGAGAUCGAGAAAAGCAGGUCUAACUACCGUGCCACAGCCAAAGCCAUGUACAGUCAGAAGAUGCGGGAUGCCAUGAUGGGAAAAGGCCCGUUCCCGAACGUCCGCACCUUUGGCAAGUCCAAGACAAGCACAAACUCCGUGUUUGCGGACAUGAACGUGGCGGAUGAAUGGCCGGAAGACAUGCAAGGAGGCGCUGACCUGAGUGACCUGACGUGGGAACAAAAAGAGCAGGUUCUUCGUCUUCUCUUUGCCCAGAUGAACACUGGAACUGAGCUACCACCAAGGAGAGCCGAUCCACUUCCAGCAAUUGCACCGGCCCAGAGGAAGCCGCCGAUGCCUGCAAGCGGCUUGGAGACUAGUCCGCAGCGUUACAGUCAAGCUGCAGAAAGUAGCAGCAGUACUCUGCUUGCUAUUACUGACGGGGGACGCCGUGAUCGGAAACUCGAGCCGAUCCAGUCGUCUUCAGUGUCCGGAAGAGUGAGAAAUUUGCCACUGUCGAUGGGAAACAACUCAAGAGGCCAUCCAUCUGACGUGCCUUUAUCCACGGAAGUUGAUACAACAUUGAUUGGCACCCGUUAGCCUCUUAUAAAGUCUAUUGACUGUGGACUUCAGUGUAAAGCUACUAUAGAGUAUAGACCUGCUAUAGAGUAUAGACCGGCUAUGCUCUGUGUACAGCAGGGUCUUUACAUGCUCGGUAUCAUCACAUCCCCGCCAGCGGGAGCUUGUGAGCACAGCGUGCCUUGAGACUUGUUGCACUGCGGGUUGCCGUCGCAUUACCUCGGCCACGUGCAACUCUGAGACCGCUCUGCAUGUUGAAACCCCUUCCGCCGAGCUCCUUCACAGUCUUGUGCAUCAGCGAUCAUCGACUGGUGGUGGCCUACACAAUGUACACUGCCGGUUACGUGCUUGCCGCCAUCCUGUGUUUUCUUGCCAUGCACACUAUGUUUGUAUCAUGUAGUGAAGUAGUGUUUCUCCAGAUGUUGAUUGCGACGGAAGACUUUAUUUUGUGCCUUUUGGAAGCUGAUUGCAGAAUGAUCUUUAUUAAUGUCAUACAAUGCAGUCGUCCUACGGACGGUACUGCUUCGAAUUGGGGAAAAAACUGCAUCAAAUUUCUGUGUGGACCAGGAGUACUAAAACAACUGGUAUUUUUCUGAAAUCCAUAAAACUCUCCUCA